ACACUUAAAGGUGAAGUUUCUGAAUUUAUAGAAUUACUAGAUUUAUUUACAUAUUCAAGAUCCUAGCAUAAUUAAUCAUGCAACUAGCCUGCAUUUAUAAAUAUAAUUUUUGUUUACUUUCUAGGAGCUAGAGAUGCUAUUAGACUGUCAUUUUGUUGCAUGUGAGAAGUCAACCUAGAGAUGGAAAACUUCAUUUUGUAUGAGGAGAUUGGCAGAGGAAGCAAGACUGUUGUCUAUAAAGGGCGACGGAAGGGAACAAUAAAUUUUGUAGCUAUUCUUUGUACUGAUAAGUGCAAAAGGCCUGAAAUAACCAAUUGGGUCCGUCUCACCCAUGAAAUUAAACACAAGAAUAUUGUAACUUUUCAUGAAUGGUAUGAAACCAGCAAUCAUCUCUGGCUAGUAGUGGAACUCUGCACAGGUGGUUCCUUGGAAAUGGUUAUUGCUCAAGAUGAAAGCCUCCCAGAAGAUGUUGUGAGAGAAUUUGGGAUUGACUUGAUUACUGGUUUACAUCAUCUUCAUCAACUUGGCAUUCUCUUUUGUGACAUUUCUCCUCAAAAGAUACUCCUGGAGGGGCCUGGCACAUUGAAAUUCAGUAACUUUUGCUUCGCAAAAGUGGAAGGUGAAAAUUUAGAAGAGUUCUUUGCUUUGGUGGCAGCAGAGGAAGAAGGAGGCGAUAGUGGGGAAAAUGUACUGAAGAGAAACACGAAAAGUAGAGUCCAAGGCUCUCUUACAUACACAGCUCCAGAAAUUGUGAGGGGUGCUGACUUCUCUGUUGCCAGUGACCUCUGGUCUUUGGGCUGUCUGCUUUGUGAAAUGUUUUCAGGAAAACCUCCAUUCUUCUCAGACAGUUCUUCAGAAUUAAUUGAAAAGAUUUUUUAUGAAGAUCCUUUGCCACCUAUUCCAAAAGAUUCUUCUCUUCCUAAGGCUUCUUCAGAUUUUAUUAGUUUGCUUGGUGGUUUACUUCAAAAAAAUCCUCAGAAAAGAUUAACUUGGGCAGACCUACUGCAACAUUCAUUUUGGAAGGAUGCUUUCACUAGAAAAGAUCAGGACUCAAGCGCCAAGGAUUCCAAUAUCAGGUCUGUGGGAGCUAUGGAAAACCGGAGCUGGUCCUGGCCCGUCAGCAGAAAUGUGCUGGAGUGUUCUGGGACACAAGAUUCCAAGGAGAUCUUGCAGAGCCCUCCGAGCAGACAAACAAAAGGGGAGAAGAGUGGCCAGCGACUCAGUCACUCUUUCAGGCCCGAAAAUCCAACUGAGUUGCAGCCUAAGAGUACUGUUGGGGGUCAGUUGAAUGAGUCCCUGUUUCUUCUGAGUUCUCGCCCUACUCCAAGAACUAGCACUGCAGUGGGAUUAAGUCCUGGUGAGAAUAUGACUCAGAAUUUACCACAGAAGACUUCUCCUUUGACCAAGGUUGUAAGUGGGCACCUGAGUCAGCAGGCCCUGGAAUCCCAGAUGAGAGAGCUUAUCUACACAGACUCGGAUCUCGUUGUCACUCCGAUUAUCGACAACCCAAAGAUAAUAAAACAACCACCAACCAAAUUUGAUCCAAGAAUAUUGCAUCUACCAGCACAUUCAGUGGAUAAAUUAGUAUUUAUAAAAGACCAAGACUGGAAUGACUUUUUGCUGCAAGUGUGCUCACAGAUCGACUCCACUGAGAGGAGCAUGGGGGCCUCCCGGGCUAAGCUGAAUCUCUUGUGCUAUUUGUGUGUGAUCGCUGCUCACAGGGAUGUGGCCACCAGGCUCCUCCAUUCCCCCCUGUUCCAAUUGUUAAUCCAGCAUUUACGAAUAGCUCCAAACUGGGAUAUACGGGCCAAGGUUGCUCGGGUGAUUGGUUUACUAGCCUCACACACAACUGAGCUUCAAGAAAAUACACCUGUUAUUGAGGCAAUUACUGUCUUAACUGAAUUAAUUAGGGAAAACUUCAGGAACAGCAAAUUGAAACAGUGCCUUUUACCAACCCUUGGGGAGCUGAUCUAUCUCAUAGCCACCCAGGAAGAAGCAAAAAGGACCCCUGGAGAAUGGGGCGCUGUUCCCUUGGCUGUGUACACAGUGCUAAUAAGGUGCCUUCGGGAAAGGGAAGAUCAUGUUGUGAAUCACAUGGCAGCACAGAUUAUUGAAAAUGUCUGUACUACCUAUUCUGCUGAGGCCCAGGGUUUUAUCACUGGAGAAAUUGGACCUGUGUUAUGGUAUCUAUUCAGACAUUCCACUGUUGAUUCUCUUAGGAUAACAGCAAUAUCGGCCUUGUGUAGAAUCACUCGCCAUUCUCCUACCGCCUUCCAGAAUGUUAUCGAGAAGGUGGGACUGAACUCGGUCAUCAGCUCUCUGGCCUCUGCCAUCUGUAAAGCUCAGCAGUACAUGCUCACCUUAUUCACUGCUAUGUUGUCUUCUGGGAUUCAUCUUCAGAGACUAAUCCAAGAAAAGGAGUUUGUCUCUACCGUUAUCCGUUUACUUGACAGCCCUUCAACCUCCAUUAGAGCAAAAGCGUUCCUGGUUCUUUUGUAUAUUUUGAUUCAUAACCAUGAGAUGCUGCUGCUCAGCUGCCAAGCAAGACUGGUGAUGUACAUCGAGAGAGACAGCAGGAAGAUGGCUGCAGGCAAGGAGCAGCAAAGUGGCAACGAGUACCUGUCCAAAUGCCUGGCUCUUCUCAUCCACCACCUCAUGCAGGAGCCGCCGCGUGUCCUGGGCGACAUUCUUGAUGCCUUGGCCAGCGUUUCAGGUCGUAAACACCCAUCCACAGUUCAAGCGAAGCAGCUGAGGAUGUGUCUACCCCUGAUGCUUGUAGUGCUUCACCUCGUAACUUCUCAGGUAUUUCGACCUCAAGUUGUAACAGAAGAGUUCCUUUUCAGUUAUGGAACUAUUCUUAGUUAUAUUAAAUCAGUAGAUAUGGGAGAAACUAACAUAGACGGAGCCAUAGGACUCAUGGCAUCGGAAGAAUUUAUCAAGAUCACAUUGUCAACUUUUGAAGCAAUAAUACAGUAUCCUAUUUUAUUGAAAGACUACUGCUCUACGGUUGUUGAUUAUAUCCUGCCACCCUUAGUCUCCUUGGUUCAAAGCCAAAAUGUGGAGUGGAGACUCUUCAGCUUGCGGUUGCUCUCAGAAACCGCAUCUCUCCUGGUGAACCAGGAGGUCGAGGAUGGCAAGGAGGUGAAGGCUGAUACUCACAGCAAUCUUCUGGCUCUCAUCAGAGAUGUCUUACUUCCCCAGUAUGAGCUCAUCCUCACAGAGCCUGACCCAGUACCAGCAUAUGCUCUGAAGCUUCUAGUUGUGAUGACUGAACACAACCCAACUUUUACCAGACUUGUGGAGGACAGCAAACUGGUCCCACUCAUUUUUGAAGUAAUUCUGGAACAUCAGGAGAACAUUCUGGGUAACACCAUGCAAAGUGUGAUUGCAUUGCUUAACAAUCUGGUUGCCUGCAAAGAUUCGAAUAUGAAGUUACUUUAUGAACAAGGACUGGUCUGUCAUGUCUGCAACCUGUUCACUGAAACUGCCACACUGUGCUUGGAUGUGGGCAAUAAAAACAACGAUGAGAUACCAGCUGCACUGCUAUUUUCCCUGCUUGAUAUUUUGCAUGGCAUGCUGACCUAUACAUCCAGUGUUGUACGGCUGGCUCUGCAGGCUCAGAAGUCUGGCUCCGGUGGGGACACUCAGGCCGCAGAAGACCUGCUGAGGCUCAGCAAACCUCUGACAGACCUCAUUAGCCUGCUUAUCCCGCUGCUUCCUAAUGAGGACCCUGAAAUUUUUGAAGUUUCAUCCAAGUGUCUGUCUAUGCUGGUUCAGCUGUAUGGAGGGGAAAACCCAGAUAGCCUGUCUCCCAGAAAUGCAGAGAACUUUGCUGAUUUACUGACAUCUAAGAAGGACCCAAAGGAGCAGAAACUUCUGUUGAAGAUUCUCAGAAGAAUGGAAGUACUGAUUGAUUGUGACGACUGCCCUGAAGACUUUCUACCCGCAAAUCUCUGUCAAGAAUGUAUCCAUAGAGUCAGUGACACUGUAAAACACCACUGAGUCUCAAGAUGGUUGAAGUAACUGGGCUGUAACCAGAAAUUAGGUUCCACAGGGCUUUUGCCAAGCCCAAGGGCAUUCUUAGGCUUGGAGGUUGGGAUUCAACCAAGGAUUGGAUCUGUCUUCUUCGGGUGAGUCUUAGAUGUGGAGGGACCAAGUGUUUCCAUUUCCUGGGUGAUUGAAGAGUACUAGGAAUGCCUCAAAAUAUAUUUCCACCUCAGUGUAUCUCUGUCUUUCAAGUUCUCCCUGGAAGUCACCAUCAGUUCCUAGAAUUCCACCACUAGAGGUCUUUCUUUGGGGAAGAAGUCCUCAUUAAUAGGCAAGCACUCUGGGAAAGAUUAG